GAUAUGGCAACUCUCAUUAAUUUCUUAUUGACUGAUUGACAGUUUGUUUGACGCGCUCGCUUCACUUGUGUUUUCGUAAUUUUUUUCAAUUUAUUGGAUUUUGCCGUGGAAACUCGCGUAAUAAUUAUUUAUAUUUUAUUGAUUACUGUUUAGUCAUUUCUAUUAUAAAUAUAAUUAACCACAAUGGCUGAUGUGUUAGACAUUGAGAAUUCUGAAGAGUUUGAAGUAGAUGAGGAUGGUGAGCAGGGAAUCGCCAGAUUGAAAGAAAAGGCGCGGAAACGCAAAGGCCGUGGUUUUGGAAACGAAGGCGGGGGUGGAGGGGUAUCAGAAAGAGGAAAUAGAGGAAGAUAUGACAGUCUAGCACCGGAAGGUGAUGGCAACACACCAGGACCUCAGAGGUCGGUGGAAGGCUGGAUAUUGUUUGUGAGCAACGUACAUGAGGAGGCUCAGGAGGAAGACAUACAGAACCAAUUCUCAGAGUUCGGUGAGAUCAAGAACAUCCACCUGAACCUGGACCGACGCACCGGGUUCCUCAAAGGAUACGCACUGGUCGAGUACGAGACAUAUAAACAGGCAGCUAGCGCCCGCGAAGCGCUCGACGGCGCCGACAUCCUCGGGCAGGCGAUAUCCGUGGACUGGUGCUUCGUGAAGGGCCCCACCAAGGGGCACAAGAAGAGGCGGUAGAUAAUACAUCGUUACGCAGUGUUACGUAUUAUAUUUAAUUUCCUAAACCUUCUGCAAGCUAAUACGCAAGAGACACUUAAAAUUUGGUCUUUUUAUCGAAAUAUAUAUGAAAUAAUUACAAAUUAUUAAUGUAAUAAUAAUCUUUGCAUAUUAAUUAAUAAUUAAUGUGCAAGGAUUAGGAAAUAUUUCCAUAAAAGAAGUGUCAGGUGUUUACCUAAUAAAUAAUAGAUGUAAAUAUAGCACAUUGGGUUUUAGGAAGAGAUUCAUCAUUAUAUUUUAUACACUUUGUCACUAUAAAUUGAUAGCCAUUUUUGAGCAAAUUACUUACGUUAUGAGAAAAUUACAUUUUGCAAAGUGACUUUCUGUGUCAAGACCUUGUACUGUACCGUGGAGACUGGAUUCCGUACUUGCAGGGAUGUUUUGAUCCAAAGUACAUAUAUUGCUAUCCCUUUCAUCUUUAACCCAACUUUUUGAAAGGUAUAAUUAUACGGUGAGUACACAUUAUUACCUCUGUGUUACUUUGCAAUACAUAAGAGAGGUCGGGCUAGUGAUGAACCAGAUAGAAUAUGUGUAACCAUGCAUCAAAAAGUUCUUGGGGAGUCCUAGCUUCAUGCACUAUACAUAACGCCAAAGACGUUUGAGAUCUUCAGAUUCGUCUCAUUUCCCAAGCCCUAUGGCUAUUGCUAACAGACAUACAGUCACAACAUACAGCACAUUAACCUACCCAAGUUCAUUGCAAACUCUCCGCGAUUACCACGCUAUAGAGGUUCAUGCAGGGUAACUUGAUGUGCUGUUGACUGUACAUACAUAUUCAAUAUUUAGAUUCAAAUUCAAGCCCUAUCUUGAAAUGUGUGAAUGUUACAAAAGAGAACAGCAAGUAAAAAGUGAAGUUAAAAUGUGGUAAAGAAAGAAAAUAGAAGAAAGUCUUCAAUACAUUCAUUGAAAUCAGAGUAAUAUUGUCAUUUCUGUGAUUGUCUUGUUUAUUAUUGUAGAACAUUUGAAUGAGAAGUACCCAGGGAUUGAAUUGAAAAAAAUUAACAGUUUAUUAUUGUGUAUUUUGUAUUGUAGCACUGUUGAACUAAAAUAUUAUAUCUAGCCUGUAAUGUAAUAAUUAUAAGCUUCCUUUCUAUAAA